AUGGCCAGGUUUUGGUGGGGCUCCUCGGACUCAAAACACAAAAUCCAUUGGGGGAAAUGGCACAAAUUAUGCAAGCCUAAGGAGAAAGGAGGCAUGGGAUUCAAAAACUUGGAAAAAUUUAACCAAUCCUUAUUGGCUAAGCAAGGUUGGAAAAUUUUACAUAAUCCCCAUUCUAUGCUGGCUCGGGUGUUAAAGGCUUGCUACUUCACCAACUCUAGCUUCUUGGAGGCUAAAAUAGGAGGAGUCGGAUCAUUUGUUUGGAGAAGCAUAUUAUGGGGUAGGAAAAUCAUAGAAAAAGGAACAAGAUGGAGGGUUCUCUCAGGAAAAGACAUUCGUAUUAAUGAAGACAAAUGGCUUCCCCGUCCCUUAACCUUUACAUUGCGUACUCCGGCAAAGGUCCCUAAAGGAACCACGGUGGAUACACUAAAGGAUGAGAAUGGAGACUGGAAUAGAAACUAA